AUGACUUUGAAAGCAAAUGUUAUGAGGAAGCACUUGAAUUUCCUUGACCCAUUUGUGACUGCUCUGUUCAAUUAUAAUGACCUAAGGGAAAAAUCCGAAAUCAGAAUUAUUAUUGAUAAAGUAGUGACGAGCCCUCACAGAUAUGUGAUACUUCUUCCAAGAACUGAACCUUUCUUCUUUAUCAGUGGGUCCAAAAGUGAACCCUCAGACACCUUGGACUUUGACAGCUUUUUCAUUCAGUCACAUAUUGUCGAUACGGAGACAGGCCAUUCAAUCGGAAAUGAGACUUCGGUUUCUACUAUGCAUGGUGGCUUGAGCUUGUUUCGAAACGGCGACUUUCUCAGAAAAGAUGGAGAUGUUGAGUCAGGUAAAAACACAAUCUAUACCGAAAAUCUAAUUUACAGCACUGUGUCAUACCUUUAUCCUGGGUAUAAGCUUCAAAUUUGCUUCAUAGAAUCUCCCUUGGUUCUUACAAGCGGGAACAGGGUCUUUCAAGACUUACUGUUCGGCUUCCGAAAUAGCAUCGAAGGCCAAGACGAAAUCUCCGAGGAUGGUUUUCGUGAAGACUUCAACGAUUUAAUGAAGAAUUCACCCGAACUCGCUAGUAAUAUCGGACCUCAGUUUCGGAGUUUGUUCCUAAACUUUGAUGUUAGACAAGCUCGAAGCGAAGGUGAGCUUAUGUCUUUGUUCUUGGCUACCAUAAUUGAAGCUGUUGAAAUUGUUAGAUCCCUUCCCACUCCCGUCCAUUCAAUGCUGAUCAAGAAAUUCAACGAGGAAAGUCUUCGUCAAGCAGUCUAUGAGUACGUGGAGAUGAACGUAUAUGAUAAGUUGUGGCAACGUUUUGUGGAUCUUUGCACCACUCCUACGGACCGCUUGUUGAAUGCUAGCUAUGAAGUUUUUCAGCAUAUGAGCAUAUCACAGCUUGGUUUACCGGAUUCAGUUCUGGAGGAUACGAGUUUGAUCCAACUCUUGCUUGGUCGAGUUGCUAAAGCCGUCAGUGAGAUAAGGAUGCUGGACUAUUUAAUGACUGCUUCAAAGAAGCUCGAUGUUUUAUCGAAAGCCAUACAUGGUUUAUCACACAAUCCGAGCAAAUCAAACUGCGAAUUCCUUAUGGAUGCAGAUACUCUGUUGUCCUUGGUAAUACUUGUUUUGGGGACUGCAGGUGUAACUAAUAUUCAAUGUCAUGUGAAAUAUAUCAAAAAGUGUUAUCCUUCCCCUGAAAUAUUUCAAAGUGGUCCACUGGGAUAUGUCAUUUCUACUAUAGAAGCCGCUCUUGGCUAUCUGAGUGACGACAGUAACAUUAGAUCACUGUCAAGGCAAUGCAGAGCUAAUGAAAAGCUUUGGAAUACCAUUUGUCUUUCAGUGGAGGAUCCAUUUUGGACAACGAUCACUGAAAACAUUCAUAGGUUACAGGACCACCUCCAUAACGUCGUCGGGUCUGAGAUGGUGCAUUCGCAUGCAGGAAAAGUUUUUAGAUCCAGAAAUUUGAGAGGCGAGUCCUGCCUUAUAAUGGCAAUAAAACACAGAAGCUGGCCCGUUUUCAAAACCCUGGUCGAUCUGCAUGAAGUAUAUGAUUUGGAUUUUAUUUUGACUGAUACCGACAGUACCGGCUCUACUCUACUGCAGCUAGCUCUAAUGGAGGGUGACAGUAGGAUAAUACUGGAACUUGUUGACAUAAUAAGCGAAGCAACCGAAUGCGAAAUUGAACUUUACUGCUCAAAAAUGAAUAACUUAGGCCGCAACUUGGGACAUUAUUUGAUGUAUUACAAGCCUCUUGUACAAAUGCUUGGAACAUAUAUAAACUGGAGACAGGUUGAUUGUUUUCAUCAAACCCCUCUUACUACGAUAGUCCGCUGCUAUGAUCAUCCCAAUUACCCAGAUCUGCUAGAGGCUGUUCUGCAUACCGUUUGUGAGUGGUAUGCAAAACACAACCUAUCAUUUGAUCUCAAAGACCAUUUGGACGCCAAGAAUAAUUCUUUACUUCACUCAUUCAAGGAUGGAAGAACAUUAGGCUUUUUCCUGAAGCUAUUUUGUGGGUUAGAUCUUAACUACCCAAAUUCGCAGUGUCUCACACCGCUCAUGUUCUCGAUCAAGUACAACAAAUUUUGGAACGUUUAUUACUUACUGAGUAAUGAAAACACUGACAUCUCGAGAGCGAACCCAAAAAGUCAUUAUACGGCUUUUGACUAUAUCAAGACUUCGAUGCUCCAGCACUCAUUGCUACAAGAAUCAGAGCGUUUGUCAGAUUCUAAUAAAUUCAGAUUAAAAAUACUGACCACCAUGAGUACAUCACUCUUACAAACUUUUUGCCCGAAAAACUCAAUUAGAAGUGCGGUGAUCAUCACAAAAAGAUACAGCACAGGUAGUGAUGCUUUUUUGUACUUGUUUCUCAUGUCGGAGAACAAGCCAUGUAGUCAAAAUGUUGGAUUCAUCACCCGUCACAAAGAAUCAGAACUUCUAAAAAUGUUGACUGCCCUCAAACUUUCACGGCCACAUGAUUUCCCCCAAGUGAGACUUUCUUUUUUACAAAAAUUGAGAAUGACUUCAAAUCAAUACCACUCCUUCGGUCAUAUGAGUCGGCUGUUGGAAAAUGAUCGAACUUCACAGCUCAACUUAUUAUUGGCUUCUCUCACUAUGAACGAGGAGAGGGGAAUUGAUGAUGAGCUUUGGAAACUUCUGAGUAAGAAAACUUCAUUGGGCAGUUCAGACCAUUCGCAACAAUCGAGUCCAUUCAAACAAGAGUUUUCUCAUCAUUUCAUUUGUGAGGAUCUGAUAAGUGCUCAAACUUUUGUCAAGCUUACUUGUAAUGAUUUGUUGAAAUUCCUUGAGAAGUGCGAGAAGUUUCAUAGACAACACUCGCUGUUGGGAAUUCUUUGGAGCGACAUUGAAAGGCUGUAUUCGUGGGUACCAUACGGCAUGAGGUCUUCUGACGAGCUUGAUCACAUGUCACACGGCUGUACUGGGAUUAGAGGCCUAUUUAAUACCAGCGCCACAAUACUUUCGAUGAGCAAGAGUGCGAAUGGUGACAAGUUGUUAGAUUCUUUGAGUUUCUUUUUAUAUUCAGCCAAAGACCUUCGUGAUGAGCUGAAGUACUUCUCUGAUUUAUAUAUUGAGAGGACAUGGUCUUUAUUUGAUCGGAUGAGAGGGCUACAAGAUCAGUGUCACCAGUUACUGCAAAAGGCGCAACAACAUUCAUCGUUCACGUGCACUUCAUACGAUCGGCUUAGCCAGUUGGCUGAAAGGAUAAGCGAAUACCUAGUAAGAAGCCGAUAUUCAUAUCUUAAGUCAACAGGUGAUAUUUCUACGACAAAUCUUCCCCACCAGCAAAGCUCAAUUUUCGCCAUCUUUGAUCUUUCGAGGUUUUCGGAGAGGAACAGGAUUACGCAAGCUCACAAACUUGAAGAGCUCUUCACCGCUAUCAAGGGUGACAUUAACGGGUUGGCAAUCAGAUUCAGAGCUGGUUAUGAGUCUAUGACCAUGGAGCUUAAUAAUUUUUACCUUUUCAAGAAACGAUUCUUUCCUAUUGUGUUCAAACAAUUUGCAAAAACGCAAAUUAAAAUGCUCAGAUCACAGCACAACAGACUCAAACUUGACAGAGAACGCUUCUUGUUGAAUAAGCCUACUUAA